AUUGGAGGUGAAGGACCGCCUGUCCCCUCUCUGCCUGUGCUGUCAAUGGCUUUCGGGACGUAUUUUAUUUGAAUGUCUGCGCGAUAUAAGUGACCAAUAAUGGAUAUUCUAUGGAUAUUAUGGACCAUACCGGCCGUAAUAGCUGUUGAAGAGACACUUAUGGACUCCACCACGGCCACGGCGGAGCUCGGCUGGACGGUCUACCCCGUGUCAGGGUCCAGCGACAACAGCUGGGAGGAGGUGAGCGGGUACGAUGAAAACAUGAACACCAUCCGGACGUACCAGGUUUGCAAUGUUUUCGACAACAAUCAGAACAACUGGGUACGGACAAAGUACAUCCGGCGCCGCGGCGCUCAGCGGAUCCACGUGGAGAUGAAGUUCUCGGUGAGGGACUGCAGCAGCAUUCCCAACGUGCCGGGGUCCUGCAAAGAGACGUUCAACCUCUAUUACUACGAAUCCGACGCCGACACGGCCACCAGAACCUCGCCGGCUUGGAUGGAGAACCCCUGGAUCAAAGUGGACACCAUUGCAGCGGACGAGAGCUUCUCCCAGGUGGACCUCGGGGGCCGAGUGAUGAAGAUAAACACCGAAGUCCGGAGCUUCGGCCCCGUGUCACGAAACGGCUUCUACCUGGCCUUCCAGGACUACGGCGGCUGCAUGUCGCUCAUCGCCGUCCGCGUCUUUUACCGGAAGUGCCCUCGCAUCAUCACCAACGGCGCCUUGUUCCAGGAGACACUCUCCGGAGCGGAGAGCACCUCCCUGGUGGCCGCGAGAGGAGUUUGCAUACCCAACGCAGAGGAGGUGGACGUGCCCAUUAAGCUGUACUGCAACGGAGACGGAGAGUGGAUGGUACCCAUCGGGCGCUGUAUGUGCAAGGCUGGGAACGAGGCCGUGGAGAACGGGACUGUUUGUCGAGCCUGUCCGUCGGGCUUUUUCAAGCCGACUCAGAAAGACGAACCCUGCAUGCAGUGUCCCAUCAACAGCCGCACCACCAGCGAAGGCGCCAUGAACUGCGUCUGCCGCAACGGAUUCUACCGCACCGACUCAGAUCCUCUCCAGAUGCCGUGCACAACCGUCCCCUCAGCUCCACAGACCGUCAUCUCCAGCGUGAACGAAACCUCCGUGAUGCUGGAGUGGACGCCUCCCCGGGACUCGGGGGGCCGCGAGGAUGUCGUCUUCAACAUCAUCUGCAAGAGCUGCGGCGGCGGCCGGGGAGGCUGCACCCGCUGUGGGGACAACGUUCAGUUUCUGCCCCGUCAGCUGGGCCUGAUAGAACCCCGGGUCUACAUCAGCGACCUGUUGGCCCACACGCAGUACACGUUUGAGGUGCAGGCUGUCAACGGGGUGUCAGACCAGAGCCCCUACUCCCCUCAGUACGCCUCAGUCAACAUCACCACUAACCAGGCUGCCCCAUCCACAGUGUCCAUAAUGCACCAGAUCAGUCGCACGGUGGACAGCAUCACCCUCUCCUGGUCCCAGCCUGACCAGCCCAAUGGAGUCAUCCUGGACUAUGAGCUGCAGUAUUAUGAAAAGGACCAGUCGGAAUACAACGCUACCGCCAUCCGGAGCCAGACCAACACGGUGGUCAUCCGCAGCCUCAAGCCAGGCAGCAUCUACGUGUUCCAGGUCCGGGCCCGCACCGUAGCCGGCUUUGGACGCUACAGUGGCAAACUGUACUUCCAGACCAUGACUGAGGAGGAAUACAACACCAGUAUUCAGGAGAAGCUACCGCUCAUCAUUGGCUCGGCAGCUGCCGGCCUGGUCUUCCUCAUCGCUGUGGUCGUCCUCAUCAUCGUCUGUAACCGGCGUGGCUUUGACCGGACUGACUCAGAGUACACAGACAAACUGCAGCACUACACCAGCGGCCACAUGACUCCAGGAAUGAAGAUUUAUAUUGAUCCGUUCACAUAUGAGGACCCCAACGAGGCUGUGAGGGAGUUUGCCAAGGAGAUUGAUAUAUCCUGUGUGAAGAUUGAACAGGUCAUUGGUGCAGGAGAAUUCGGAGAGGUGUGCAGCGGUAACCUGAAGCUCCCAGGUAAAAGGGAGAUGUUUGUGGCCAUAAAGACCCUGAAGUCUGGCUACACUGAAAAGCAAAGGCGGGACUUCCUCAGCGAGGCCAGCAUCAUGGGCCAGUUCGACCACCCUAACAUCAUCCACCUGGAGGGCGUGGUCACCAAGAGCAGUCCUGUCAUGAUCACCACCGAGUUCAUGGAGAACGGGUCUCUGGACUCCUUCCUCAGACAAAACGACGGGCAGUUCACGGUGAUCCAGCUCGUCGGUAUGCUGCGCGGCAUCGCCUCGGGCAUGAAAUACCUGGCCGACAUGAACUAUGUGCACCGCGACCUCGCUGCCCGCAACAUCCUGGUCAACAGCAACCUGGUGUGCAAGGUGUCCGACUUUGGUCUCUCGCGCUUCCUGGAGGACGAUACAUCGGACCCCACCUACACUAGCGCUCUGGGAGGGAAGAUUCCUAUCCGAUGGACUGCACCCGAAGCUAUCCAGUACAGGAAGUUCACCUCCGCCAGUGACGUGUGGAGCUACGGGAUCGUCAUGUGGGAAGUCAUGUCGUACGGAGAGAGGCCUUACUGGGACAUGACCAAUCAAGACGUCAUCAACGCCAUAGAGCAGGACUACCGGCUGCCCCCGCCCAUGGACUGUCCAAGCGCGCUGCACCAGCUCAUGCUGGACUGCUGGCAGAAGGACCGCAACAACCGGCCCAAGUUCAGUCAGAUCGUGAACAACCUCGACAAGAUGAUCCGCAAUCCCAACACGCUGAAGGCCAUGACCCCGUUAUCUUCAGGUGUUCACCUCCCUCUCCUGGACCGCAGCAUCCCAGACUUCUCCAGCUUCAGCACUGUGGACGAGUGGCUGGAUGCCAUCAAGAUGGGCCAGUACAAAGACAAUUUCUCCGGCGCUGACUACUCCACAUUUGAUGUGGUGUCCCAGAUGACCAUGGAGGACAUCCUCGGGGUCGGUGUGACAUUAGCGGGCCAUCAAAAGAAGAUCCUCAACAGCGUCCAGAUGAUGCGUGCACAGAUGAACCAGAUCCAGUCAGUGGAGGUCUGA